AUGCAAAGAUUUUUAUUCAAUACUAUUAGACUAUACAACACUGCUUGUGCAGAUGUAAAAGUGUCGACAAUUUCACGACAUCGUGACUGUUUACAAAUGUGGAAUAAGCUCAAGGAAUAUCAGUUGAACCUCUGCAUGUCCCCACGUGUCGAAAAAGUUACAGUUACAUAUGAUGGUCUUUUGGGGAAAUCAACUUUGGAAAUGACGAAAGGUAUAUCAACACCUUUGGAUUGUGCAAAGCAUUUGUCUGAAAUGCUGGUUAAAGAAAGCGUUAUUGCUUUGGUUAACAAUAAACCUUGGGAUAUGAAUCGUCCUCUGACAUCCGACUGUUCACUGGAUUUUGUUCAUUUCAAGGUUCGUUUUAGUCUGUGUUAUUUGUGA